UUGUACACUCUUUCAGCUUAAACACGUAGAAAUUAACAAAUACUCAACAAUCUAACUUUCAGCCAAAGUAUAAUUUCCCUUUAAGCACCCCGCAUCGGAUGUUUUUUUCUAACGUUGUGACGCACGAGCCUGUCUUGAAAUUAUUUUCUGCUCGACCUCCAUUUUCUUUUUCCCGGACUCUGAUGAAUUAAGUGACGGUAGCCAUUGACUUGCAUUAUAUGAAACAGCAAGGACCACGGUUCCAGCUAAAAAUCUUCUUUACUGCUCUAAAGAAGAAAAAAAAGUCACCAAUAUCUUGGAUGGCCUGAGGGUGAGUAAAUUAACAGCUAAUUUUCAUUUUUGAGAGAACUAUCCCUUUAAUCAAGAAUGAUUAAAUAUAUUACGGUGUAAAGCUAAUUUAUGAUUUGUUGAUGCAUAUUUUUUUUUUAGACUAAUUUAUAAAUGCAACCAAUGACUGAUUCAGAUGCAUUUCUUAAUUGCAAAUCUGGCCAGUCAUUAAUAUAAAUUAUUAUAUUUUAGUACAUUUUUAUAUUUUCUUUUUUUUUUUUUUUUGCCAUCACACAUCUGCAAAAUCUGAUUCCCUAUUACAUAUUAUACAGAUUUUUUAGAAUAACAAAAAUAAUCACAAUUGCUUUAUCACAGACUGAAAACAUUCACCUGAGAAGAGUGUGUCCUGAACAGUGUUGGGCACGUUACUUUAAAAAAAGUAAUUAGUUAUAGUUACUUCUCAUAAAUAGUAACUGAGUUAGUAACGGAGUUACAUCAUUAUAAAAGUAACUAAUUACCAGGGAAGUAACUAUUGCGUUACUUUAAAAAAAAAAAAAAAAAUCAAACAUGUCUAAUAACUUGGAUGCCCCCAAUAUUAAAUAUAAGUCUAAAAAUAAAUGAUGCUUGAUCCGACUCGUGACUCAUGAUCUGCUCUUGCUCACGACAUGAAAUUUCUCUGUACUGUACUACGUGUUGUUAGCCAUUAAAGAAAACAUAGUUUCAUAUUUAUGUUUAAAUAAGCCUAUGUUAUGUUUUAAAUUCAUCUGUUUGAUUGUGAAAAGUGAACAGCAUGAGUAAGAUAGAAUACAUCAUAUGAUGCACAAUAUAUCGGGAGACAUGGAGCGGGAUAGACAUGAUUUUGACCACUUCAUUAAGUUUUGUUUUGUAGAAAUCCUUUCUUUAAAGUGAAUUUAGUUUUGUAAAAAUUAUAUCUUAAUUUUAAUCAAUGUUUUAUUAACCAAUUGUCUGGAUUUAAUAAAUAAGAAGCAAAUAUAGCAGACAAUAUAAUCAUGACAUGGAGGCGCUGGCGCAAUAACUUGCACGUGAACUGGAGCGCGUAGGCUAAAUUAACCGAAACUCAGCAGCUGCUUGCCUCACAGACAUGAGACAUAUAUCUAUAGAAAGCUUGAAAUGUCUACUUUUAAUAUAAAUAAUUCAAAACGAAAAUAAAUAUUCUACUCUGAUUAUGUAAUCCGAAUGAAAUGUGCAUUCUUUCUCUAGGCGCGUCCAGUAUGCGGAGAUGAGAGUCAGCAAUGUCAACUCCAUCUUUGCAGCCGACACUGAUUCAGAAAACAUUACUUUAUUAAUAAACAAUUAAAAUGUCUCCUUCCUGUUUUUGUCACAUUCAUAAUCAUUACUUUUGCCGGUUCUUAAUGGCAAGCUUUAUGCGUGUGCUUGAGUGCUAUAUAGUUUAUAUUAAACACUCAUUAUUAUGGUUUAUUCUCUCCAGUAUUUAAGAAAUUAAAUUAAUAUAAAUGUGAUUAGUCAACUAAUGGCUUAAAUGAACAACCACUAGUCGACUAGAAAAAAAUUAUUUCACAUAUUUUCGCAGCAUGUCACAAAGGGUAUUCUGGUUUGAGCUCGUGCUCCACUCGCAUGCUCUGACACAGACACACACACACAGAACAUGCAUCGUGUAUUAUUAUCAGUUUAAAAUGAUAUUUGUGUAUGACUAACCUGUACUAUUUCUUUACAACAAAAUGCUUUGUAGGUAUAGCAUCUCUAGUCACACACCAGUCAUCAUCAUUUAGCCUAUGUGUCCCACCCCAACACACACCAGAGAUAAAACUUUGCAGGUCCUAUGGCUGAGAGAGAGCCUACUCGGAUGAAAAUCUCUUCAGUGCUCAAUUAUAGUAAUGCGGCAUUUUUUUUUUUUUUGUCAGUAACAGUAACGGCGUUGUAACAGGAGAAAAAGUAAUUCGUUUGAUUACUCAUUACUGAAAAAAGUAACGCCGUUAGUAACUCCGUUCAUUUAUAACGCCGUUAUUUCCAUCACUGGUCCUGAAGGCCCUUAUCUUUUUACUGGAAGAAAAUCCUGAAGACCUCACCAAGGAGUAACUUGUGAGUUGAACGAUAACCAGACAGAUGAUUAUAAGGAGCAGCUCACCAUGGCGGUGUUCAUUAUUCAGAGGGAGGGGGAGAACUUCAUGAACCACCUGCUGACAUUGGCAUUGUGAUCGAGGGAGUUAAAGUUUUGAAUCAUCUGACUUAAGUUACAUCAGCUUGUGCCCUGCUUCUGGGUAUGAUAUACAUCAUCAACCUGUCUUAUCAGAAACCCCUUCGAUUUACUUUUGAGGUGUUCUAGAAAGUACUCUUGUAGCUUGAUCAGCGCACAAAAUGUCAAGAUGUCUUUUUAGUCUUUGAUUUGUGCAAGGGUAAUCACCUUUAAAGGGUUAGUUUAGCCAAAAAUGAAAAUUCUGUCAUUAAUUACUCACCCGCAAGACCUUCGUUCAUCUUCAGAACACAAAUUAAGAUCUUUUUGAUUAAGUUUGAGAGCUUUCUGUCCCUCCAUAGAAAUCCAAUGCAACUACCACUUUCAAGCUCCAGAAAGGUACACUGAAAAAAGUGCACAAGGCAUGUCAUUACUCUAAAGAAGUUGUUAUACUUGAUCUAACUCAAAACAUUUAAUUUUCUGUCUAGCCAUCAGUGUUAUGUAAAAAGUUUGAUUGAUUUAAAUCAAAAGUAAGUUUUGUUAGUGUAAAGUAAAUACAUUUCUGUAAAUCUAAUUAAAAAUAUUGCUUCCCAUUGUCACGUGACUUCUAACGUCAUCCGUGGUCGUGCGUGAGGACGUUCAGCUUUCCGCCAUCUUGUUACACCGCAUGGAUGAACUCGGCGUGGUAAAACGGGAAUCAAGAAAAUUGGAUGGGAUACUGCUGAACAACAAUUAGGACAGGUUUUGAAUAAUCCAGUCACAUGAAAAACAAUCUGUUAGCAUGUCAGGAAGAAGAUCUGCCAAGCUUUUAGUGAUUGUGAGUCAAGAUGAUUCAAGAAAGUUGCUUCUGCCAGAUGGGAUUCCUGAAUUAGUGGAUGAGCUCAUUGAAAAAGUGAGGGAAGCUUUUGGAUUAGAUGGUAGAUUCAGACUACAGUAUCAGGACAAAGAUUUUGGGGAUGUAUUUGUAAAUUUGACGAACACUGGAGAACUUCAGAGUCUUGGCACUCUAAAGAUUAUCCUGUUGCCAGACGAAGACUCAUUCACUGCUCAAACAAAUGAUGGGACCCAGUCUAAUGAUGGGUCCCAUCAUUAGACUGUCCUCUGUCCUCCGUUGGCUCUGGCGACACUGAUGAUACAAUCAUCCUCUCACCCCCUGGCUCAGAAACAGUUUCUACAAGAAAUCAACAGUGGCCAAAAGAAUUUAAUAUUCCACGCUUUUCUUAUGACACUGAACUGAACAAUUAGAGAGAGGAAAUGCUCUUUUUAAGGCUAACGGAACAAGGCUGACUGUCACUCCAAAGAUGAAGUCUGAUAUUCUGGAGAAGGUUUGUGAUGAGAUAUACAAGUAUAAAUCUUAUCCCAGCAGUGUAAACUUCUGUGAAGUUUCAGAGGCACUUAUCAAGAAACACCCUUGCUUAGCAGAAAAAGGAUCCUUCAAUGGGUGCUAUGGGUGGACACAGAGACUUAAAAUGAAGAUGGGAAACCUACGCACACAGUUGAAAGGUCUUGGAUGCCCUGAGUAUUUGGUAAAUUCUCUGAAAACCAAAGCCUCAGACCAUGCUUUUCCAGCUAAAAAUGUUAAACGACCUAAACGGGGUGAGGCCAAUCAUAUCCCAUCCCUACCUGCUGAAGAGACAUCAGCAAACCUUGAAAUUGAGCGCCUGGCACUUUUAAAGGAAGUGAAGAAAAGAAACAAUGCAUUGACAAUCAGAGAAAAAAUGACAAAGACGUUUGCCUUACGCAGACAAGAGAUUGUGGAAAACCAACCUAGUGUUCAAGAACUGCGAGAAAGAUGGCCAGCUCUGUUUCAACAAGAGGAGAUUAAUGCAGAAUUUUUGCACAUCACAACCUUACCUUUACAAUCGAGAUUUAUGGCCUCUUUGGACAGACAGAGCUCUCAGCUUAUCCAGGUUAUUAGGAGCAAAGGUGGAGUCCUCCGUGAAAAAACUAAAGACACUAUUAAAGUUAUGGAUCAGAGUCUGGACAUAGACAUCAGAAGAGAGAGCCUGCUGAAGUGCCUGAUCAUGUACCUUGGUGAAGAUGCAAGCUGUCUGAUCAAAGAAUACCAGACAGUGCUCAUUGGAGGAUGAAACCCUCAACAACCUGUUCUGGAUCGGGGCCAACUUCUACCAUGCCACCCACCUUCCAGACACCACCGGACUUACUUGGAGGGAAGCCGUAUUUAGGUGUCUGGAAUGCGUGUGGUCCCGAUCCAGAACCCGGCCAGACUCAGAGCCCAGCUUGUCACCACCGCGAUCGACGACGCCUGAGCCCCCCGCAGACUGGAAGCUUCCGCCUGCCGCGACGCUAGAGCCUACACCCGAGGACGAAGGGGUGGAGCUCAACAUUGCCCCGGAGCCGAAGCACCGCCAUGAGUCUGACCAGGGGUGUGAGCUAACGUCCUCGUCCAUCGCCAUGGGAGUCCUCGUGGAGUUCGAGGGGAUGGAUGCGAGCCCCGCCCAAACCCCCGCCACUGAGAGCAAGCACAAGAUGGACUUAUUGGACAGUUUUAUUGAGUGUGCCGAGAUAAAUACUUUGUGUCCCUGCAAUUCUUAUGAAUCUGAGUCUUCGACAGUUCUGUCAUCCCCACCCAACCUCCCUCUCCCACCACCUCAAAUUACUGCUAUUAAGGACACUUUAUCUUUGGUUUCCUGUGCCAUUCUUCACGACCAGAUCAUUGCCAAGCCUGUCACCCAGCCAUCGUUGCCUCCCAUCAGUCCCGUCGAUUCACCUCAUCCUCCUCUCAGUGGCGUGGCUUCAUCGUGGUCCUGCUGGGAGCCUACUCUUCCUGGGCGUCAGGAGUCCGUGGCUUCGCCUCCUGCCUCGUCAUGCUCUGUCCUGCCUCGACCCGUCGACCUGGCUCCUGCGCCUACACUCCUCCUCCCCUCGACUCCGGCUUCGACCAUCGAGCAUUCAGACUCGCCGGGCUCCCUCGGAACGUUGGCUCCCCCUGGGUCGGACGUCGCCAAGCCUCCGCUGCGGACUUGCGGGCCGUACGCUGCUCUCCGGCCCUCCACCCCUUCAGCUUCGGCAAGCUCCGCCCUCCCUCAGGCUCCACCUCCGCCCUCGGUUGCACCAGCUCGUCCUCUGCCCUCCGGAUCUCUACCUCCGCCUCGAAGAGUCGUCGCUGUGGCUUCGUCGCGGUCGCCUAGGUCAUCGGCAUUCCAUCACCGCCUCGGACUUCCGUCUGCGCGGUCGACUCCACCUUGGAUCAUCGCCUUGGCUGAGCUCUGGGUCACAUCCACCUGGCCACUCCUAUCUCCUCCAAUCCCGCCCUGGUCGUCGUCCUCCAUCCAUCUGCCUGCCUCUGGUUUCUACCCCUGGCCACACCCUCGUCCUCCUCCCAAGCCGCCUCCAUUCUCCUUCCACGGCGUGAGGACACGCCUUUUCGGAGGGGGGCGUAAUGUCACAGUCUGUUUAGUUUCAGUUUCAGUUUAUGGACUUUCUGUUUGUUUUCCAUGAUCACAUGUUCUGUUUCCCGCCUUCAUUAUUAGUUCAUUAGUAUCACCUGUGCCUUAUUAAUCAUCCUUGUUAUGUUUGCUAUUUAGUUUCCCCCUGUGCACUCAGUCUUUGUCCGUUCACCGUUUGAGUAAGUUGUGUUGGAUUUCUAUGCCUGUUACCCUGUGGAUAGCGUCAUUAAACUAGUAUUUGGAUUUAUUCCACGGAAAGCCAUGUUUUUUUUCCAUUUGCCACAAACUUUUGU